CCACUAGACCAUAGAUCCAUCUAUAAUAUAAUUUUAUGCAGCUGUUUUUGACGGAUGUCAAACUCAAAUCAAAACAUUUGUAUUCUUCGUAGUUUUGUUCAAAUAAUUAUUUAAGAAGAGAAUUCCCUUACACCAUGACUGACUCAGACGAUGACUAUAUGUCUGAUAAAAUCCUUAUGGAAUGCAAACCAUCCGGUUCAGAAGACAUACGACCAGGUCUCUUAUUCAAUAGAGGUGCAAAAAGGGCUCAUGAAUUGAUGAAAAAGCGAGAUGAACGAGCUAAAAAGUUCAGACCUCUGAAGCAAAUAGAAAAAGAUAUACGAGAAGAAGGACUCGGUAAAGCGAUAUCUUCUGAUAAUAAAGGUUUUAAAUUACUGGAGAAAAUGGGCUUCAAGCAAGGAGAAGGUUUGGGAAGGUCUGGUGCUGGUCUGAAGGAGCCCAUAAACAUUGUAGUAAGGCAGGGUACUUCGGGAUUAGGAAGAGAAAGCCAUCAACAGGAGAUAUUGAUAAGAAGGAAAGAAAUGAAAUUUAAAAAAAUUUGUGAUCGUGAAAAUAAGUUUCGAAUUACCAAUACAGAGAAAAAACGUUUACAAAUUCUAAGAAUCGAUUUCUUAAAGGCUCAAAGAGUAUGUGAAGAACUGGACUAUAGAAUUCAUCGUUCUGAUCCUGUUGAAGACUUUUACUGGACUAAGAGCACUAUAAAAAAAAAACGAAAAGAAGAGCGACAAAGUAUUGAUGAUGAUGAAGAAGAGGAUGAAGAUAGUGAUGAUGAAGAAUUUGAAUCUCAAAUCACUGAAGAAAAUCUUAACUGUAUAAUCAAUUACCUAAGAAACAAACAUUUAUAUUGCUUGUAUUGUAUAAUGACAGGUACUAAUGAUGAAGAUCUUAGGGAAAAUUGUCCUGGACCAUAUAGAAUAGAUCAUGAUCCAGAAUAUGAUUAAGUUAUAUUUCAGAAUUUAGUGAAGUGAAAAUUUAUUUUGAAUGAGGGCUUGUUUGGAAACUUAUAAUACAAUUGAAAAAAAAGCAAUAUUACUUUUAAAGAGGUAUUGUUAUUCAAACAGAAAUGGAUUUCUAUUUAAGUAUUUGUUAUUUUUUUGUUUCGAAUCCUGUAAAGGCUUACUUUUUUCAAUAUUCAUGUUUAGUAGUCUGAAAACAAGAUAAAUGUUGUCUGUACAUUGUAUCAAUAUGAAAUUUUCAGAGGCAAGUUCUAUUCAGUAGAAGCCCAUAUCUAAUGAAUUUUCUCAUUUGUUAAUUUUGUUCAAAUUAAUUUCUCCAGAAUAAUGUACAUAAUUAUAUAUUUUUCUCUGCAUAUAAAUAAUUCUGUUUGUACCUGAUAAAAAUGGUAAUAAACUUAAAUGAAUUUUUUUCAAUCAUUGGAACAGCA